GGAAGAACUCGGGAAGACCGAAGCCAGAUUGGUCAUCCAAUGUAGGACUCCCCAGCAACGAGCACCGAAUAAGUCGAUCCACAUGGGUCCGGGUCCAGGUGUCGAAACAAGGACAGGAUGAAGAACACUUGACAAGGAAACUUGAUGGUUUGAAGUUUGAAGAUUUUUCUACUCUAAGUCAACCAGUCAAACUUUAAGGUAUUCAUGGUACAUCCACCCGCAUCUGUAGGUGAUGAGCGCUCCUGGCGGUCACCCGUGCUGCUGCCUACGCUGCGGCUGCCGAACCGCCAACUGCUGCUGAUCCAGGCCAGCAGCUUGGAGGACCGGGCUGCAGAGCUACGUUGGGGCUUGCCAGUGCAUUUGGCAAAGGACGAGAAGUUGUCCUUGGAGGUCUUUAUCAACUUGGCUCAAGACACCGCGGCCUCCGUCCUGCGCGCCGUCCUACGUCAGCUGCGGCCGCUGGCAGCGCAUCUAGGGCUGCGGGUGCGGGCGAUGCGAUGGAGCUCGAAAUCGGUAGAGGAAGAGCUUUGUGUACCAGGCACCUUCGUGAGCCCAGAUCUUCCAGGCUUUCUUUGCAUGGCCAAGGCGAGCUCUGCGAGCUCUGCGAGCUCUGCGCUCUUCGCCGUGGCCGCGGCACUGCAUUGCGAGGAUUCCUGGGAAUUCUUGGAGCUCGUCUUGGCCAAGUGCAUGCUGGCCACUCAGGAGGAGGUGCAGGCAUGUGCACGGCUACAACGUAGAGAGCUGGGCUUGGGAGGCUGCUUUCCUUUGGUGGAGCGGCUGCCACUGCGAGGCGAAGGGCUCGCCCUUCGUGUGGGCGGCUGGGCUUAUGGCGGAUCUCUAGAGGCUGACGGGGUCUUCAAUGCUGUUUGCUCUGUGCUCAGGCUUUCUGAUGAGAAGCCGCCCCAAUGUAGUGACCUAUGGCACUGGAGUGGCCCCGGCUUCUACGCUCAAAACGUACCGCUGUGGCCCCACAGCUGCGCGGUCUUGCUCUUGAGCUUCUUCAUCCCCAUCUUCUGGCCCUUGCUUUGGCGCUGUCCUUGCCGUGCCUGUCGCUGUCGAGGUGGGCUGGUGGGUCCGGCGAAGAUGCCACGAUCGCUCGUCACGGGGUAAUGGGAGGUGGUGUUCGUGACUCGCGUGAACCCGGUGGUGUUCGUGUUGGAGCAAGAAGUACAGCGUAAAGUGAC